AUGUCUGGGCCGCCGCAUGACCUGGGCCGCCGCAUGACCCUGGGCCGCCGCAUGACCCUGGGCCGCCGCAUGACCCUGGGCCGCCGCAUGACCCUGGGCCGCCGCCGCAUGACCCUGGGCCGCCGCAUGACCCUGGGCCGCCGCAUGACCCUGGGCCGCCGCCGCAUGACCCAGGGCCGCCGCAUGACCCUGGGCCGCCGCAUGACCCUGGGCCGCCGCAUGACCCUGGGCCGCCGCAUGACCCUGGGCCGCCGCAUGACCCUGGGCCGCCGCAUGACCCUGGGCCGCCGCCGCAUGACCCUGGGCCGCCGCCGCAUGACCCUGGGCCGCCGCAUGACCCUGGGCCGCCGCAUGACCCUGGGUCGCCGCCGCAUGACCCUGGGCCGCCGCAUGACCCUGGGCCGCCGCAUGACCCUGGGCCGCCGCAUGACCCUGGGCCGCCGCCGCAUGACCCUGGGCCGCCGCCGCAUGACCCUGGGCCGCCGCAUGACCCUGGGCCGCCGCAUGACCCUGGGUCGCCGCCGCAUGACCCUGGGUCGCCGCCGCAUGACCCUGGGCCGCCGCAUGACCCUGGGCCGCCGCCGCAUGACCUUGGGCCGCCGCCGCAUGACCCUGGGCCGCCGCAUGACCCUGGGCCGCCGCCGCAUGACCCUGGGCCGCCGCAUGACCCUGGGCCGCCGCCGCAUGACCCUGGGCCGCCGCAUGACCCUGGGCCGCCGCAUGACCCUGGGCCGCCGCCGCAUGACCCUGGGCCGCCGCCGCAUGACCCUGGGCCGCCGCCGCAUGACCCUGGGCCGCCGCAUGACCCUGGGCCGCCGCAUGACCCUGGGCCGCCGCAUGACCCUGGGCCGCCGCAUGACCCUGGGCCGCCGCCGCAUGACCCUGGGCCGCCGCAUGACCCUGGGCCGCCGCAUGACCCUGGGCAACCGCCGCAUGACCCUGGGCCGCCGCCGCAUGACCCUGGGCCCCGCCGCAAACUGUCAUCAAUGCACUGGCGGACUGCACCCGGCCUCCAGACUGCAGUAA